GGGCUGAGAGAGUGAGGGGGAGACUCACUUCACUUCAGGUAGAGCCCCUCCAGGUCCUCCUCCAACAGAGACUGAGGACAGAGGGGAACAACAGGGGGGCUGGGACUGGACCCAGAACCCCUUCACGACCCAGCGAGACGCCCCACGCCACAAGACCCAGGGACUUUCCCCUCAGCGACGAUGUGAUGGUGUGAGCCAAUCAGAAUAGCGAUGGGCAGACGGGCAGCUGAUCUGACCACUCCCGUGCCAGUACUCGGAGUCCCCGCCCUGGUGGGGGUGCGUGGUUGGAGGACGGCAGGAGGGGAGAGGGCGGGGCCACCGCUGUCGCUCACGUGGGGUCCCCAGUGUAGCAUCGGAGUCCAGACAACCCCAGCAACACGACAUAGGCUGACGGACACUCUCUCCCUCCAAUCAGACGGCAGGAUCACUCUGACGUCCAAUGGUUACCCUCCAGACGCUAAGGAGGAGGAGCCAACCGGACAGAUCGGGGGGAGCCGAGGGAGAGGUGGAAUUUCGAAACAGAGGAGCUUAGAGUGCAAGACCAAAAAAGGAGUUACUUUUGAAGGGCUCGACGGCCCGGACGGUGGGAUGUACAGUCUGAGAUCCAGCGGGACUUGCUGUUACGCCCGAGCAAUCAAGACCAACCCACACCUUUCAGGGGGCGGGGUGACCGCCGCCGCCAAAGGGAGGCGGGACCUUCGCUACACCAAUGGCAGCGUGGUGGACUCCCAGGCCAUUGGUGGGAUUUGUACCGACGACAGUGACGAGGGGAUUUUGGCCUCCUCGAAGGCACAACGCUGGGAACCCCCGACUUCCAGCCGGCCCUCCACCCUUCAGAUCGGCCCACGCAUCUGCAGCCACUGUGGGGGGAGGCAGAGCCUGGGCUUGGGGGGGCCUCGGGCCCCCUGGGCGCGAAGAAGAAGCUCUCGACAGGGUGCCCUGAGGGAGGUGCAGCCGGGAGCAGAGAGCCCCCCCUCGCUCCAGAGCCCCCCUGGCCUCCCCCCUCCACAAACCUCCACGGAGAGGGAGGGGGCUGAGUCUGAGAGAGAGCCCAAACCGAGCUUCACCCCCCUGGACUUCUCCACCAAGCAGAGCCAGGGGACGACCCCCUUCCUCCACGCUGACAGGAACCCCAGCAUCCACAUCGAGCCCCCGCCCUCGCAUCAUCCAGGCGGACCACCUAAACAGACCGACACCCCCCAUCCCCACCCCCACUCUGCGGCCCCCCCAGCAGAGAACCCCUGGCCCCCGCCCUCCCCUCGGGGCCCCCCUCGCCCACCCACCCCACCACCGUCAUACACACCAGAACCAUCACGGUCACCAAGGCAACCAUAGAAACAAGGAGAGGGGAAAACGGUCAGCGUAACUCCUGUGUGACCCAGGUGUUCUGGAGCAAACCUCCCAGACCCACAACCCUGGAACUGCCAUCCCAGGUAUCCAUAGCGACGCAACCAAACGCUGCACGCGCGGAUCACGAGGUGAAGGUCGUGUCUCAGAUAACUUUACCUCCGAAAACGUCCUUCACAGGACACAAGGCUGAACCAUCUCGACCUGCGAGCACGCACAACACACCUUACCUCCACAAAACACACACACACGAAACACCCCUCUCUGUCCUGGAAACACACACACACAACACACACUUCUGCCCCCUAAACCUGUACACACACAGUACACAACUACACUGGCUAAAUCUGUAUGCGCACCACACACAACCACUUUAGCUAAAUCAGAACACGUAGCAUACACUUUUUCAAAAUCUGUACACACACCAUUCACAACUACAUUACUAGCUAACCUUGCACAAACACCCUACACAACUGCUCUAGCUAAACCAACACACACAACUGCACUGGCUAGAGUUGCACACAUACCACACACAAUUGCACUACCUAAACCUGCACGCUCACCAUUCACAAGUACUGAGCUGGCCAACAAAUCACAUCCAUCUCUUCACUGUGACCUGGACGAUACAUCUACACACACAAGCGUUACUAACACACCCCACACACACACUCCUGUCAGUCUGUAUUCAGCAUCACAACCAGCCACCACAAACCCAGCAAAGACACUACGAGCGACUCAACGCGUCGAUGUGUCACACACGACUGCGCCCAGUACGCUGAAAGACAUAACCUCUUUUUCUAACUCAUCAAGCAAACCUUACACAACAGCAUCCCCCGAACCUGCAGUCUCCACGCCAACAACAGCAUCCCCCGAACCUGCAGUCUCCACGCCAACAACAGCAUCCCCCGAACCUGCAGUCUCCACGCCAACAACAGCAUCCCCCGAACCUGCAGUCUCCACGCCAACAACAGCAUCUCCCAAACCUGCAGUCUCCACCCAACAACAGCAUCUCCCAAACCUGCCCUCUCAAUACCCACGACGUCACUCCCGAAAGCUGUGAAUCCACCUCUGAAAAUUGCAACCCUCGACUCAGCAGAUCCGGUAAAACUCACAUACCUCCGAAAACCACCUCUCCCUAAAUUCGCAUCAUCAAACGGAAUACAGACAAAGAAUCCUCGUGAUAAUAAACUGGAUUUAUACAGAAUCAUCCCUUGCCCACAGACACCCUCAACCACAUCACCAACCUACUGCAACCCUGUGAUCAGGACACAGGUGCAAUGUGACAGAGUCUGCAACCGUUGGAACGCGUCACACACUCACGAUGACCAGGACAAAAACCACGCAAACACCAAAACUCAUCACGCAUCGACUCCGUACAAACCACCGCCAACCCAACGACCCACACAACCCCCACAACCGGCUCGUCACUGAACCUAUCCUGCACUUGAACGCAUAUCCGAAACAGCUGACAGUUCCUGUCAGGCAGCGUGACGCCAUCACUGAAACAGACGGGCAGAACGAACCGCAUCACGGCUACUCGAUUCAUUACCAGGUCACCGACUACCCGAAAUACACCACCCAGAAAAGCCCUCCCGAUUCAGAGCAGUGUGGUCUCACAGCUGCACGGAGCCAGAGAGAGGGUGGCACACACCCGCGACCCAAAACGGCGCACGUGACCCAUCCAGAUCUAGAGUGCAUGGCCAGGAGCGUGUCAUCCAUGCGUGCUAACACCCUGGCUCGCCCCUGCCCAGACACACAGGCGCACGGGGACACCAGCGAGCCGGCACCUUCGGCGCCGGCGCGGAGCCUCGCUGCCCCCACCGCGUCGCGGCCUAACACGACCGAGCGC